AUGUCGUUAGAAACAACCUCCUCAUCGACCUUGAUAACACCUGGUCCUUCUCACACUAAUACGUCACCAUUGUUGACUCCCUCCGACUCUCCAAGUUCCCUUACCAUGCAUGGAGAUUCUAUUUUUUCAAAGAGAGAAAUGUCAGGUCGCCUACGAGAGUUGCAGUCGUAUUUGAUCAUGCUUGACGAAGUUGAUAUCCAGGAUGACGAACAUGCAAAUGAACUAUUUACUCGUUACACUAUUGAUACAGUUUAUGCAAGUUACGCUGCAGCACAGAACCGAGUGCGGCAGUACACUCAACUUCUGCAAAUUCUCCAAUGA